AUGACCGUCUUAAAUGUUAUUAAAUCAUUUUUAUUCACUUUCAGCUUUGCUGACUACCUUAUUUUAAUUGCGAUUGCUUUUUUAACCUAUGUAUUUCGAUUCUAUUACAAGUACUUUACACGUCCUAAUAAAUUGCCCGGGCCUUUACCACUUCCUUUUAUAGAAUGCGCUUAUAUGUUUACAAGUAAUACUAAGGAUCAAUUUACAUUACUCCAACAAAAAUAUGGUGACAUUUGUGAAAUUUACCUUAACGGCAUGAAACAUAUUGUGAUUUCACGUCCUGAAUAUCUUGAAAAGAUGUUAACCCCUUCAUCUAAAGAUCCUACUUAUUUGGUAAGAUUGCCAUAUACUGAAGGAUUUAAAGAAUUUGGAAUGGCUGGAAAAGGCUUAAUAGCAAAUCAUGAUGUAAAAAAUUGGAAAUUUAAUCGACAUUUCUUUAAUCAAGCCGUUUUAUCUUCAAGCUUUAUUCAUGAAGUUGUAGAAUGGGCUAAUAAGUUAUUUCCUGAAUUAGAAGGUUAUUGGAAAUCUCUUGCUAAUUUAAACUUAUCUGGUGAUAAUUUACAAGAUAACAAUAAUUGGACUCUAGAAGUUGAUCUAGCAAAAUGGAUUGGUAGAUUUGCCAAUGAUAUGUUUGUGGUUUUGAUCACUGGUGAAAGAUCACAUUCGAUGGCUUUGUAUUAUAAUAUUCAGAGUCCUGCAAAAGUUUCUCGCUCAGAUACAUUGAUCCAAGAUUCGGAAAAAUUUAUUCAAGCAAUUGGUGAUCACAUUAGGGGUCUCACAUUAUUUAUGUAUCUUAAUUCAUUCUUUCGGCAUUACGUGCCAUCUUAUAAAUAUCAGAUCAAAAAGCUGCUUGAUAAUCGUGAUUAUUUAUUUGAAUUAUUUGAUAAUAUUAUUAAGAAAAGAAGGAAAGAGAUUGAAGAGACUCCAGUAGGCGACAAAUUAAGGCAUGAUAUGUUGACAUCUUUAAUUACUGCUAAUACAGAAAGAGAUGUAAAUAAUACAAAGAGCAUUCAAGGUGAUAUUCUUAGACCGUUGUCUGAUGAUGAAAUUAGAGGUAAUUUGCUUGAUGCUUUCUUGGCCGGAACUGAUACUGUUACAUCUGCAUUUUCUUUUAUAUCCUAUUAUCUCUGCCAUUAUCCUCAAGUUAAACAAAAAGUGGUCGCCGAAAUCGAUUCGAUAUUUCCUCCAAAUGCACCUUUUAAUAUGAAUUACAGCGAUCUCUUAAAAUUAGAAUAUUGUGAUGCGGUAAUUAAUGAAGUUUCACGAAUUAGACCUGUUUCAAAUGAAUUCCCAAGAUAUGUUGAAAACCCUUGUGAAGUUGCUGGGUACCAUUUUGAUGAGAAUAUAGUGUUCCAUAUAAACGUAAAUAGUAUUCAUUCGCAUAAAGAUCAUUGGCCGGAUCCAGAAAUUUUUGAUCCCGAGCGAUUUUAUAAAAAAGAUCCUAAUGCAAGGCAUAAAUUCUCUCUAGUUCCAUUUGGUGCUGGAUUACGUGAUUGCCCAGGAAGAAAGUUAGCCACAGUAGAAUUACUUUCAUUAUUGGUAUUGCUAUUCAGAAAGUAUGAUAUUGAGUUAGUUGAUAUGAAUGCCCCAUUGAAGAUUAAAUCUGCAUUAAUUAAGUUAUGUGAGGAAUUGAAAGUUAGAAUUAGGCCUAGAAAUUAA